AUGGCUCCCGCACAGAUGAAGCAGUGGACCGUCCUGAACAAGGACAACGACUUUGACGGCCUUUCGUACGGAGAUGCACCGAUUCCGAAAGUUGGAGACAACGAUGUUCUCGUGAAGCUGCAUGCUGCGUCCCUCAACUACCGGGACCUGAUUAUUCCCAAGGGCAAGUACCCGUUUGCUCUGGACCUCCCCGUUGUCCCGGGUUCCGACGGCGCCGGCGAGGUGGUGGAAGUUGGACCUAAGGUCACCCAAUUCAAGAAGGGAGACAAGGUGACUACCCUGUUCAACCAGCGGCACCAGUAUGACCCAAUUGAUCCUUCGGCGGCCAGCUCUGGUCUUGGCGGUGUCAUUGAUGGAACCCUGCGUCAAUAUGGUGUUUUCAACGAGAACGGCCUGGUCCGGUCCCCCAAUAACCUCACGCACUUGGAGUCCAGCACCCUGAGCUGUGCUGCACUUACCAGCUGGAACGCUCUGUAUGGGUUGAAGCCCUUGCUUCCCGGACAGACGGUUCUGGUGCAGGGAACCGGCGGUGUUAGCAUGUUCGCUCUGCAGUUCGCCAAAGCCGCCGGAGCGACCGUCAUAGCCACUACCUCCUCCGCCGAGAAGGCCGAGAAGCUGAAGAAACUCGGCGCUGACCACGUCAUCAACUACAAGACCAACCCGAAUUGGGGUGAGGUUGCCCGCAGUCUGACUCGGGACAAUGAGGGAGUCGACCACAUUGUCGAAGUCGGAGGCGCGGGAACUCUUUCUCAGAGCUUGAAGUGCAUCAAGUUCGAGGGGGUCAUCAGCAUUAUUGGAUUCUUGGGUGGUGCUGACCCCAAGGCCCAGCCCACCGUUUUGGAGACGCUGAGCAAUAUCUGCACCGUGCGCGGUAUCUAUGUCGGUAGCAAGGCGCUGAUGAAUGACAUGAUCCGUGCCAUUGAGGCCAACAACAUCCAUCCUGUGGUUGAUGCCAAGGUGUUCACUCUUGAUCAGGCGAAGGAGGCCUAUGAAUACAUGUGGGCCCAGAAGCACUUUGGAAAGCUCAGCAUCAAGAUCGACUAA